AUGCCUCUCUGCGGCGGAUCGAAAACGGUCCAGCGUAAGCUGGUGCUUUUAGGCGACGGCGCCAGCGGUAAAACAUCGCUGCUCAAUGUAUUUACCAGAGGCUACUUUCCGACCGUGUACGAGCCUACCGUUUUCGAAAACUACGUUCACGACAUUUUUGUCGACAAUGUUCACAUUGAGCUUUCGCUCUGGGAUACAGCCGGUCAGGAGGAGUUUGAUCGCUUGCGGUCUUUAUCCUACGACGACACCGAUCUCAUCAUGCUUUGCUAUUCCGUGGACAGCAAGGAUUCCCUCGAAAACGUCGAGUCGAAAUGGGUUGGCGAGAUUGCCGACAACUGCCCUGGCGUCAAGUUGGUCCUCGUCGCCCUGAAAUGCGACCUCCGCGAGGGCAACAACGACGACGACGGCGAAGACGGCGCAGGCGCAACUCUCCCCCCCGAGGUCGCGGCGAUAGAACGUCCCUCGGGACCGCUGAUUGAAUACGACAAGGGUCUUGAAGUGGCCAAGCGGAUAGGAGCCUCGCGCUAUCUCGAGUGCUCGGCCAUGAAGAACCGCGGCGUCAACGAAGCCUUUACCGAGGCGGCGCGCGUUGCAUUGAGCGUCAAGAAGGAAAGGGAAGAGAACAAGUGCAGCGUCAUGUGA